AUGAUUGAGAAGUUUAUUCAGACUGUUAUUAAUUGUAGGAAUGAAAGUAUUGUUUAUUGUUCUAAGUGUAAUUUAUCUUACAACAGACUUAAUAAAAAUGAUUUAAACUUUCAUACUAAAAUACAUGGGAGGGAAAAUAAGAUUAAAAAAGAUCAGUUUAAACAGCUCAGAUUACCGUUUAAAAAUAAAGAAAGUAAAAUUUUUUUAACUGAAAACAUUUACAAAAUAAAAUCAAAAUUAUACUUUGGUGAGAAAUGUUGGAUUAAAAUUAAUAAGUUCAGAAAUAAAUUCGUUAUAACCGAUGAGUCUAAUGACAAAGGAUUGGAAAAAAAGAAAUUGGUUUAUUAUUUUAAUGAGUUAUUUAAAUAA